AUGCUUCACCACAUCGCGCGCUUCAAACCACACAACACACGGGCUAGCACUCCCUUCUUAGAGCCGCACCACAAACCAACGAAUACCACCACCAAUGACCCUCUCGGGAACCACACCACCAGUCAACCUACUCCACCCACUCAACACACCCUUCGGUAUACCACACAGACACAGAAAUGCACACUCACAUCCUCACAAGCCACAACCGAAGUAGCCAACAAAUCUCAAAACGAAACAUCACACCCUCAUCCUGCACACCACACGUAUACAACCAUCAGCACAAGAUCAAAACAACCAACAAGAACACAACCACAAUUAAAAUGCAACACGUGGCUACAGAACUACACCUACACGGCAUAUACGACGAACAAGCACAUCACCACCACCACCUCCGAAGCUCACUAA